UAUGUAUGUCAGGUUCUCUUACCAAAACAACAAAAUUUUCAUUGUUUUCAAAUGAAUCCCACCAUGAAAUUGCAAACUCAAACCUUCAACAAUGUCCCUACACUGCCCGAUUCUUACGUAUGGUCGACGACGCCUUCAGAAUCUCCGUGUCUCCACUCGAUCGACGAAAAACAAGUGCCACCCGUUGUCGAUAUUGGUGAUCCGAGUGCGUUUAGUCUAGUGAGAGAUGCUUGUGAGAAAUGGGGCGUGUUUCAAGCCAUCAACCAUGGGAUUCCUUUGAGUUUGUUCCAAGAAACCGAGUUUGAAGCUCGGCGGCUGUUUUCACUGCCAACGGAACAGAAGCAGCUUGUUGCUCGGUUGCCGGAAGGUUUUACCGGAUAUGGUUUGGUUCGUAUAUCUCGGAACUUUCCUAAGCUGAUGUGGUCUGAAUGUUUUGGUAUGAUAGGGUCCCCUGUGGAACAUGCUAGCCAACUUUGGCCUCAAGAUCAUGCUAACUUCUGCGAGGUGAUGGAACAAUUUCAGGUGGAAAUGAAAACAUUGUGCGAGAAACUAGUGGCAGUAAUGCUUCGCUCAUUCGGUUUAACCAAUGAACAAGACACAAAAUGGUUCGAACCUAAAAACGAGUCUGACCGAGCCAAGUGUUUUCUUCAGCUCAACUCGUACCCAGUGUGUCCAGACCCGGACCGAGCCAUGGGGUUAGCCCCUCAUACGGACUCAUCCCUCUUCACGUUGCUGUACCAGGGUGGUAUCAGUGGGCUGCAAGUUUAUGAUGACGGUGUGGGGUGGGUCGGUGUGCAGCCGGUUGAGGGUGCCUUGGUCGUCAAUGUUGGUGAUUUGAUGCAUAUCGUGUCUAAUGGGAGGUUCAAGUCUGUGUUGCACCGUGUGGUGGUGAAUAACACGCGCCACCGCAUUUCGACGGCGUUCUUUUACUUGCCACCGUGGGAUGCCAAGGUCUCACCGUUAAAGAAGUUGGUUGAGUUUGAUCAUCUUCCAAUGUACCGGCAGGUGACAUGGAAGGAGUAUGUUGAAACCAAGUCGAAAGAUCUUAGUAAGGCCCUCGACUCAAUUCGGAUUUGAAUUUAAUAUAAAAAUAGCAAGGAAUAAUUUCUCUAUAUAAAAUUAAUGAAACCUUUCUAGUUUAAGUGAGAAUAAAAUGGACAAUGUUUUUAUAUAUUUUUAAUAAUAUUUUUAAGAUUCGUUUUUUAGGGUUGAACUCUUGAUAUUUAUAUUCUACAAGGGUGAGUUCAGUUCAGUGUCAAUGUUAGAGUAGAAUUAUUUUCGAACUGUGUUAACAAAUGAUUAUGUGUAAAUCUCUUUUUAGUUUUUCUAUUUUCGUUUCUAUGUAGUUUUCUGUCCAAACUAAACACGUGUGUUUAGAUAUGUA